UUACUAAUCAGCAGUGAAUUAGAAACUAUGGAAUGGGAGGAUUUCUUUUGCGCUAGAAAUUAAAUGCACUGAUUGUUUAUUUAACAUGUGCAUGUAGGAAUCAGUGCGUAACGAUGGCGACGGCAAACGACGAGGAGAUCCUCGAGGGUUUCCUUUGUCCCAUUUGCAAGGCCGACUUGAAAACCGCUUCACAACUUACGAAUCACUUUGAGAGUUUGCACCAAGAAGACCAAGAUGUUUUGAGGUCUCUAAAGGAGAUAUUUGGGAAAGCGAAGAAGAUAAUACUUAAUAAUGACGAUGCUGAUAUUCAGGAGACGUUCGAUCGUGCGUUAAAGUUUAAUUCCCAGGACUAUUAUGAAUCGAUUGAGGAGCAGACAGUGGGGGUGUCUCGGAGCUCUACUGACUACUUCAAAGGUGUUAGGUCGGCAAGGUUGGAGAGAUACGCGACUGAGACUAACAAAUUGUUGAUUAGACUGGAUAAAUUGGUGGGCAACAUGCCCACUGAACCCAACCAGAGGCGACAACAUGAACAAGAGGUAGUCCCAUGGUUAGAUGGUUCAUCGGUGAAGCUGUGCCCGAACUGUGCAAAAGCCUUUAACCUGACGCGCCGCAAGCACCACUGCCGGCUCUGCGGCUCCAUAUUGUGCCAUGACUGUUCCACAUUCCUAGAUAUUAAUGUAGCUAGAUCAAUAAUAGACCCAUCAGUGCCACUGGCGCCCUCAGACCACGAGGUGACAGAGAAGACAGGCCUCCGUCUCUGCGAGCACUGCUACAAUCUCAUAGAGCUCCGGAAACAAGUACAAGAGAGUCGUAAUGCUAAGACAGCGCUUGUACAGGCAUAUGAGCAAAUGAGGGGGCUGAUGGAUCAAGCUAAACCUGCUGUCGCUAUGUAUGAAAAGAUGUGUCAAAGCCUCUUCGACGGCGAGAGUACGUACAACCUGUCCGACGUGAACGCCAUGCGCGGGCGCAUCGGCAAACUCGCAGAAGGCGUCGACGCGCUCAGCAAACAUAUAGCCGCCUUCCCGGCCGAACCGGGGACUAGACAAGCUAAAUUAUAUGCUGCUAUACGGCAGGCCGCUACUAGUUACAUCAAGGAGGAACUUCUAUCGCUGCGAAAGUUGCCAACCGAGGCUCAAAUCGAAGAGGUCCGCCGACAGCGGUACGAGCGCGCCGAGCGACAGAUACAGAAGGAACGCGAGCGAAUGGAGCAAGAAGGGGCGUUAGCUUCCGCGGCCGGACCUAGCCAACCUGAUGUACAGCACCAUGAUGAGAAUAACCCCAUUUUGGAGCAGAUGAAUAUUAUUAGAGGCUAUAUUAAAGAGGCCAGGAGGGAGUUGAGGUUUGAAGAGGUGGCAAUGUUAGAAGCUAACCUGAAGGAACUGAAGAAGGAAUACCAGCUGCAAAUGCUCUCUAACCGGCCCUAGUCACCAGGCUUAGUUCAAUUAUUUAUUGUAUGAAAACGCUCGUUUUGUUUACGAAAUUAUUUAUAUUCUCAUAAAUUUAUAUUGUGUUAUUUAUACCUAACUCGUAUUUCUUAGGUAAGCUUAAGAAUAAUAAAUCUGAUAUUAUGAAA